CGACGCUGUGUUUCAGGCCGAACGGAGAGAAGUGCGCGAGCUGAGCGCUUGUACCGACUCCACCAGCUACUGCGAGCGCGUGUGAGAGCGUGUGUUUGAAACGGGAGGAGGAGGAGUGAGCGCUCCGAACGCUGCAGAAAAGGUGGAGGAGCAGCUCCGAGUCCGCAGUGUGUGUGGAGGAGUCACCGCUGCCUCCCGCGCGCGUUAAAACAGCGCCGCGCGCGCUUCCUCUGCACUGUUCGCCAACUCCUGUCAGCGACCACUUUUUCCGCACUUCCUCGGGACUCCGACUGGGUUUCGCUCACUUUGCCCUAGCUGGACUGGGAUGCGCGUGCUCUUCACGAGCUCGGCCGCCGGACCUUGACGCGCGCUCUCACCGAACUACCCUGCUCAGUUCGCCACGGCGGCGCGCACGCUUUUUUUUCUCGGACGUUCCUCUGCCCGCGGUUAACCGGUUCGCCGAUGGGAGAGUCUCGCGGCGACUGCGCGUCCGCGCUCUGCCGCUCGAGAGCGAGCUGGAUUGCACUGGCGCUCUGGCUCUGGCUGUGCGCGGGCGUGCGGGGCACCUGGGCGCCCGGACUCUACUCUUACCCGUACCCGUACCCGUCCGGGACACAGCAGGGCAAAGAGCUGUCCGCCGCGCAGGGGGGGCUUUAUCACAGAAGGAAUUGGUGUCCCCACUCGGUGACAAAGACGGUGACCUGCCAGAUCCAGAAUGGGACAGUCCUACAACGCGUUUACCAGAACUGCCGCUGGCCACAGGGCUGCUCCGGCAGAAGCUACCGUACCGUGGUGCGACCCUCCUACAAAGUAGCCUACCGGACGGUGACAGCGCUAGAGUGGAAGUGCUGCCCGGGGUAUCGUGGCGUACACUGCGAGGAAGAGACAGAGAACCACCUGGUGGCUCAGGAGGCCGUGCGAAAGCAGCCCACCCCACGCCCCCCACCUGCUCAAGAGCAGCUUUCUAGCUGUCUGAAUUGCAGUCGCAUCACAGCGCUCACAAAUCAGCUGAGCUCACUUGAGGCUAAGGUCCAGCUCCUGACGAGCCCAACCUCCUUGUCUCAUCGCCACCUACAGGGCCAGGAGGGAAUAACAGGAGGAUUUUCUCUGUUAGGGGCACCGCCAGCGAAAGGUGCACCAGGAGCUCAAGGGCCCAUGGGUCCACAGGGGGAGAGGGGAAAGGACGGCAGCCCUGGCCGAGACGGAAGGCCUGGAUCCAGGGGUCUGCCAGGACCCAGCGGACCCCGUGGGGAGGCAGGAGUGAGAGGUCCCUUGGGGGCUCCAGGGUCAAAGGGGGCCCCUGGUCCCGUGGGACCCCAGGGACCACCAGGUCUCCCAGGAGAAAGGGGUCUACCUGGCCUUCCUGGCCCCCCAGGGCCCCCUGGACCCCCUGGGCCCCCAAGGCUUCCUGCUGCUGCACAUGCUCGUAUCCUAGAGCUGGGAAGUCCUCCAAAACGUGGCCAAGGGCAAGACCCCAUCUUCUCAAACACCUUCCUGGACUCUGAGGGACAUCCUGUGUGGGGGCCUGAGGGGCCCCCUGGACCCACUGGACCCCCGGGACCCCCCGGACCUGUAGGUCCACCAGGUCCUGAGGGCCCGGUGGGACCGCCCGGCCCACCAGGACAGAACGGCAGACCUGGGCUCCCCGGGGUCCUGGGUCCUGCGGGGCCAAAAGGUGACCGAGGGGAGAGAGGCCCCAUGGGACAUCCGGGCGAGAGGGGAAUUAAAGGAGAGCCGGGUGAACGAGGAGCCAAAGGAGAGCCAGGGGAGAAAGGUCUACCGGACAUUAGUUUGCAGAUGUUCCGUGACAUGCAGGCCGACCUGGAGCUUCUGGCUCGCAGGGUGACUCUGCUGGAAGCCAUCAUCUGGCCAGAGCCUGACCUGGGCUCAGGAGAGAGCCCCUUCAGCACCGUGACCCCUGCCUCCUACCAGGAUAAGCGAUAUCGGUCUGCCUUCCCCAUUCUGGGCCGUGACCCCAAAGAGCAGAAGUAACCGCGAGGGGCCGCUGGACCAUGCCCGGAUCCAGCCUGGGGGGGUGCCACCUCCCAAAACUGGCAGUGCCCCUCCCCACCCCUGACACCACCUACUGUUGUAGACUCUGUCUGCGAUGCACUCCUUGAUUGCCCGAGAACCCCCGAGGGCCUCCAGCCCCGUCACGUGAGGAGUGGGCACCUCAGGGAAGACGCACCAGUGCUCCACAAAGCCCCCGAACUGCCAGGUGAUGCCAGGCGUCCUGGGGGAGGAGUGGAGAAACGACAGAACACACAAGAACGUGGGAAAAGCCCCCCUCCCCAAAGGUGCUUCUGACCGAACACAAUCCAAGAACAAAAAGGGGACAACAGACGGACUCCAGGGCGCAGCACAGGAGAACUGACAAAAAUCAGAAGACAUAAUAGCUUGGAGCGAUCGUGUCAGGACUUGUCAGAAAACCUGAGGUUACGAUUUAUUGGAUAUGGGGGUUGUAAAGGAAGCAAACACACAAACCUCUUUCUUUGUGCUCUUUGUUUCGUUUCUGUUCUCUUCUCCAUUUUGCAAAGCACUCCACGGACAAAGGGAUGCUCUCCUUUCCCUGGGAAAGGGAUGGAGUCUCUGGCAGGGCUGCUCUUCUGCUUCAUGUGAAGCUGACAGUCUUCUGAUCCAUCUCUCUCUCUCUCUCUCACUCUCACACACACACACACCUCUGUGAUCCCUAGGCUCCAGAGUCUCCACUGUGAUUCUGAAGGACAACCCUUCCACCCCAGGUGUGUGAUGGUAAACAGCAGCAAAUCCCACCUCUAGGACAGAGUUUUGUCUCCACAGAAGAUGGCACCUCAUGUGAGAUGCCUUUCAGAAAAAAAAAUGGACCCAUGGGAGGAGCGGAAAAAACUGUUUUAAAAAAAGAAGAACAUAACUUGAAGACUUCCUUUCUGCGUAGCUUUCGUACCACUACUUCUGUCAUGAGUUAAGAUUGAUUAUGGCUGUACAACCUUUUUUCAUUGUUUGCUCUUCCACUUAUAAAUACAUUAUCGUCAUGUGAAUUAUUUAAAGAUAAUCAUUUAGCAGCUGCUGUUUUCUUGUUUUCCCGCCAGUUUAUGUAAUACCCCAUGUACUCUCCGUCUUGGCUUCUUUCGCAUUUGUACGCGCAUGUUGGAUGUCGCGCUGUGCAGUCUUCCAAACUGUUGUCCAAUAAAGAAUUGUUGUUUCUGUUUUUUACAUGA